AUGGAUGAUGAGCAGGAUUCUACCUUUAUAAACGUCAAAACAAACACAUCUAAGCCUGAAAAGAAACACAAGAAGAAUAAAAGAGCUUUACAUGUUGAAAUAUCGGAAAAGAAUUUAGAUAAUACUACACACAAAAAAGUUUUAAAGGAAAAUAAAAUAACUAAAAAGGAUAAUAAUAAGGAUAAUUUGAACUAUGUUCGGUUAUUAAAGGAGAUUCCUCAGGUAUCUGCUUAUUAUUCCAUUAAUUCAUCACUUAGAGGAUACCUUUCCUUGGAAAACCAAGAGAUUAUACAGUUUCAGACACUUACAAUUUAUGGAGUCAAUGAAGUUGUUCUAUACAAUGAUACAGAUGAUAAGAGUUCAAAAUGGAUGGAAUAUUUUUCUCUAAAUUUGAGGUAUUUGGAAACACCUCAAUACCUAAGAAAGUUUUUAUUUCCCAUGGAUAACGGUAUUUCUAUACAUUUACACAUUUAUAUAAAUUCAUUUAUUUAA